AUGUCCAACAUGGUGCCUCAGGAGGAACUUCCGGUCCUCGAAGCAUUCAUCAACAUUAACAACCGUCUCAAGCUGCUCAAGAAGGACAGCACCAAGUUCAUUCGCGCUCAAGAUGUCAUGUCCAUCUACUCGCAGGUCGUCAAGCAAGUCACCAAGCUGAAUACCAUUCGCGAAGAGAGCUCCCAGUCGGCGCUCAGCUCGGGCGACACCAAGCGCAACCUCGAGCCCAACCGCGUCGACGCUAUCAUCGCCGACGUCUUCGCUCUCAUCUCGCUCAUGUUUCUUACCGUCGGCAAGAGCCGUGAAAGCCCAGCUGUCUACUGCCAGAUCUCCAGCAUGCGUCAAAUCCUGAGUCACAUGGACGAGUCUGGCAUCUACACCGAGGAAUACCUGCUCGUGUUCCGCGAGCGCCUGAACGAGCUGAGGGAGAUUAUCAAGAAUGACCACGAAGAGGGACGGCAUCCAGAGGCCAUGCUCAAGUACAUGUCCAAGAAGCUCGACGGCACUGAGGCGAUCCUCGACUCGCUCAUGGAGUCGCUGUCGGUGCUCAACGCAGAGCUCGUCCCACUUCACAACCGCCUGGUUCUGCUCCGCAAACAACUUAUGGCACUGGCAACAGACACCAAGCCCAGCAAGGCCGAGUUUAAGCGCAUUGUCGAGGAGCUCCGCAACAUUGACUCAAAGCGCGUCGAUGGCAAGUUCCUCGGUCCCGGCGGCUCCUCGGUGCCCGAGGGCCAAGCAUUGCUCAGUGGUCUACUCGAUGCCUGCUUCGACAUUGUCCAGGAUAUCAAGGCGCGCGAGGCCGAGGAGGACGUUAGCCCUCCACUCAAGCCCAUCUGGGAGCGUCUGACGUCAAUGAAGCAGCAGCUUGAACAGCUGACUCUGACUCACCGCUGGACUCUGCGCGAGACGGACCUCUACAACUACUCGGUUUCCCUGCGUGACAUUGACUCUAUGCGUGUCGACGGCAAGUUUGUGGACGCGGACGGCAACAAGGCCGAGGGCCAGUAUGUGCUACUCUUCCUCUUGCGGCGGUGUUACGGUCUCAUCUACCGCCUCAUGUCUGAAUCUGAGCCCAUCUCGGAGGAGCUCAUGCCGAUUGCCAACAAGUUGUCGACGAUCAAGAAGUGUCUCAACGAGGUGCUCAAGUACGGCGGCCCAUACAGCCCGCGUGAUCUCUACCCGUACCACCUCGCUCUCCACCAGGUCGACCAGCUCCGCAAGGACGGCAAGUUCCUUGCCGACGAUGGCAGCAUCCCCGAAGGCCAGGCGAUUCUCAACGCUCAACUCUCCGAGGCACAUGAGCUUCUCGAGAUGCUCAAGGAGAGCAUGUCGGAUGACGAGGACGACAGCGACGACAGCGAAGAGUAG